GGGGGUUGGAACAACCAACACUUAAUCUUAAUAAUAUAUCACAAUUCCCAAUAACAACAAUGUUUCAUCCAUCCAUUUUCAGUUUUAUUAUUUGUUCACUGUAAAUCUAAUGUAACCACCACAGCAUGUGUCCCAUUCAUUUUUGGAAUCAAACCACUUCUUCUCCUAUCUUCUCUCACUCAUUCUCUGUCUGGAGUGGUUGAUUAAACUCAGUUUUAUAUAUUUUGGGAAAUGAGAAGUAACCGCAGCCAAGCUACCUCUAUUUAGCAAGUUAAAGUUUCUCAUAUAUUUGGUUUUCUUCAGGUGAAAGUCUUGCAAACAGAAUCAUACAUUGCAAAACAUAGGAAAUAGUGAUGGAUAUUGAAGAAGUAGAAAGAGUAGUUGUUGCCAAACCAGUUGCUUCAAGACCAAAAUGUUCUACUUACAAAUCUUUCUCAGAGCUUCUAGUAGGUGCAAUCAAUGACACUCCUCCAAUUGCAUCUUCUCAAACUACAAUUUCUGCCAUUAGACCAAAAACAGUGAGGUUCAAGCCAACAUUGAAUCCCUCCCAUGCUGGUUCUAUUUCUUCUCAGUCUGACAUGGAUCCCAAACCUGACGCCAAUCAGUCUCUCAUUUACAAGCCAACGGCAAAAUUUGUGUCAAAGACAACCGUCUCUCUAUUGGCAAACAUGGGAAUUUGCAGUACUAAUCAGCAACAAUCACAGCAAUCAGUGGACACCAAUCUUCAACAUUUAAACCAUGACAAAUUUAGAUCCAAUUUGAGCUCAAAUUUUCAUCAGAACAUUACCAUUCCAAAAGAAACAUACCAGCAGGUCACUGAACCUUGUAAGACGGCACAGCAGAACAUGGAAGAGGAUCAAAAAGCUCUAACACCAUCCACAAUGAAUGUUGAUAAACCUUCUUAUGAUGGAUAUAACUGGAGAAAAUAUGGACAGAAGCAAGUAAAAGGAAGCGAGUAUCCUCGAAGUUAUUACAAGUGCACACAUCCUAACUGUCCAGUUAAAAAGAAAGUUGAAAGAUCAUUUGAUGGUGAGAUUGCAGAAAUUGUUUAUAAAGGUGAACACAAUCAUGGAAAGCCGCAACUUCAAAAGCGUAACGCGGGAGCGUCACAAGGAUCAGGAAUGGUUUCUGAUGGAUUGGUUCAAGAUAUAUUGAAUAAUAAUCAGAAUGAAAGGAUUGAAGGAAGAAUGGAGAAUGAUGUCAAAGCUUCACAGCCUAAUGAUUCUGGUCUAGAAAAUUCAUGCGGUCUAAGUGGGGAAUGUGUGGAAGGAAGCAAAGGAUUUGAAGCAGAAGAAGAUGAUCCUAGAAGUAAAAGAAGGAAAAAUGAGAAUCAAUCCAAUGAAGGGGCAGUAUCAGAGGAAGGUUUAGUAGAGCCGCGCAUUGUGAUGCAAAAUUCUGUGGAUUCUGAAAUCCUUGGAGACGGCUUUCGCUGGAGGAAAUAUGGGCAGAAGGUGGUGAAGGGAAAUCCAUAUCCCAGAAGUUACUAUAGAUGUACUAAUAUCAAGUGUAACGUUCGCAAACAUGUGGAAAGAGCAAUAGAUGAUCCAAAAUCAUUUGUGACUACAUAUGAAGGAAAACACAACCAUGAGAUGCCACUCAAGAACACAACAACAACUUUGUCUUCUGAAAAAGAUUCACAGGCUUCAUAAACGAUACUGACUCAAUAACAUUAUAGUUAUGUUCUGCAGUUAAGUAUACUUGAGCGAGAAUUAUACUGGAUGAAUGACCUCUUAGGAAGUUUGUGUCGUACGUUUUCUCGUAAAAAAAAAUAACGUUAUAGUUAUUUUGGAACAUGAUUAAUUAAUAUGGUAAUCAAUUUUAUUGUAAGCCACUGCAAUGCAAUCACCAUGAGAUGAACCUAUUUAUCAGUGCUUUCCUCUGUCUCAUAGUAUUUAUCUAUUAAUGUAAUGUAAUGUAAUGUGUAUAUUUUAAGGAAAUUAUUAAUAUACCGAUUGCUAUGAUAAAAUAACUUCUUUUAAAUAAAAUGUAGGAGUACACUUCAUGUUUUAUUAGUUAAGACAAUAGUUUAACCAGGUGAUUGUGAUGAAGUGAUUAACUAAAAAUUCUUUCACGCAAAAAUAAUACAUUAUAAAAAUCCAUUUAAAAAAUAAAUAAAACAAA